ACCCUAUGUGCAGAAGCCGCCUAUAUGUUGGUGAAAAUGAAAAUAGUUUUGGAUCCACAGAGCAAAGCUGAAGCUGCAAACUACUGCAAGGUUUUAGGUUAAAAGGGUUUAUUAGGGUUUUUUUAACAGAGAGAGGAAGGAAAGCAGUGAAGUAGAAGCCAUGAGCAGGAGUUUGGGAAUACCAGUGAAGCUUCUCCACGAAGCCGCAGGGCACGUUGUAACGGUGGAGCUCAAGAGUGGUGAGCUCUACAGAGGAAGCAUGAUCGAGUGCGAGGAUAACUGGAACUGUCAGCUCGAGAACAUCACCUUCACUGCUAAGGAUGGGAAAGUCUCUCAGCUUGAACAUGUAUUCAUACGAGGCAGCAAAGUUAGGUUUAUGGUGAUACCAGAUAUGCUAAAGAAUGCUCCAAUGUUCAAACGUCUAGAUGCCAGAAUCAAGGGUAAGGGCGCAUCACUUGGAGUUGGAAGGGGUAGAGCUGUUGCAAUGCGGGCUAAAGCUCAAGCUGCAGGGCGUGGAGCACCUGGUAGAGGCGCUGUACCUCCUGUACGGAGGUAAUAAUCCUCGCCAGAGUAUGCAUGCCUUAACGAUAUGUAAGUCCAUUGGUACCCGUUGCAUGUUACCAUCAGAAUUUGGUGUAAAAGUUUAGUGUUAGUUUGCUUGGGAAGAAGGAAGGAAAGUAGUAGUACUAUAAAUCUAAUCAAUCGGAAUCGUGACAGGCUGCUCUCUGUUUGUAUGCAUGUUUUGGAUGGUAAAUCUUUUUGACUGUUAAAAAUGUAUCUGGCUUUUCAGAAUUCUUAUAGAGCCUUUAUUUAAUUCACUAUGCCUAUAUAUUACGUACUGGUUCGUUCGUGCCUAA